AUGAUGAUGAAUGAUUCUCAGGGUUAUAUCGCUCCCCAAGUGCAACGCAAAUUCCUAAUUCCCUUGGCGGAGGCCUUCAUAGCCGUUGCGGAGGACCCUUCUUCUUUGCAAGAAUUCAUAAAUUUCGUAAUUACUGACAGGAAAACGACGUGUACCAAAGAUAAUGUUAGAAAUUGGCGCAAAGAUGCUCUAAAAGCUUUAAGGCUUGUAAGUGCUAGAGAAAUGAUGGUGGAAGAGGUUCCUGAGGUGUCAACCGACCAAAAACGUCCUCCUGGUGGGAGUGAUGCCAUGGAUACGGAACCGAGCGCUCCUGUUCCAAAGAAACUGAGACUGUCAUCUGUGCUGAAAAUUGACAUCUCUUGCUGCAUUCCGACGUUGAAAAUCGAUGACAUUGUCAACACGGUGCCUCCAGCUUUGUUGAAACAAGUGCAACUUGCUUUCAAGUGUCACUUAAAGCCGUCGAAUCUACCGGACGUUUGGCCCACAGUGUUGAUUAAUGGUCCACCCUUUUGUGGCAAAACCACACUUAUCAAGGCCAUUGCAGGGACCCUCCAAGUGAAUUAUCUCUCCGUUACUGUAGGUCUUGUUACUCCAACUAUUCGUACUUGGCGCGAAAUUUUCAAUCAGGCCAAGAUCAAUGCGCCCUGCAUUCUCCACAUUGAUGCCAUUGAUAGUAUGGAAAAGCAGAACGUUCCCGUUGGGACUUUUCGUGUCGUCUGUUUGUUGAAGAACGAACUCUUAAUAGAAUGCGUUGGCACUGGCAUAGUCGUUGUUGGUGAGACUCGUAGACUGAUAGCGAGUCUUCCUCAAGACGUUACAGACUUAUUUACGCACAGGUUCACUUUUGGCAUGAUGGAAGAAUCGUGUCGGUUAAGUCUGCUUUCCCAAUUUCUUGUGGACGAGGUUUCAAGCCUAGAAGAGGGGGAUAGGCCUUCCAUGAAGGAGGGAUCACAGCUCGUAUUGGCGGAGGAUCUAACUCUAGGAGAAAUCGCUCAUCGCACACCAGGCUACGAAGCGGGUGACUUAAUUCGGCUAGUCAGAGGAAGAAGCAUCAACAUUGGUUGA